GUCAACAGCAGAGGGAAGAAGAAGAGACGUAGAGGAAGAAACCAGAAAGUAACUGUGCUGCAGACAUGGACCUGCGGUCUGAGCUGCUCAAGUCCAUCUGGUACGGUUUCACAGCCCUGGAUCUGGAGCAGAGUGGUAAGGUGUCCAAGUCUCAGCUGAAGGUGCUAUCCCACAACCUGUGCACAGUCUUGAGUAUCCCACAUGACCCAGUUGCUUUGGAGGAGCACUUCAGGGAUGAUGAUGACGGUCCAGUUUCCAGUCAGGGUUAUAUGCCUUACCUCAACAAAUACAUCCUGGAUAAGGUGAGAAAAGGUCUUUUAUUAAAAGAAAACGUAGAUGAGCUUUGUUGGACUCUUACGGCAAAGAAAAACUACCGGACAGACAAAACCAGCAGCACUGUCCUGCCGGAGAAGGAUGCUUUUCGGCUUUGGUGCCUUUUUAAUUUUCUCUCUGAGGACAAGUACCCUUUGGUGAUGGUCCCUGAUGAGGUGGAAUACCUCCUCAAGAAGAUAUGCAUGGCUAUGACUAUUGAGUUCAAUUGUGUUGAGUUAGAGGACUUCUUCUCCCAAGAGUCAGUGCAGCAGAGCGGCAUCACAGUUUGGGUUUUUCUGGAGAUGAUGAACUCCGGAAAGAUUACCCGAGGAAUGGAUAAAAGCAUAAUCAGCAUGGCAAUAGAGGAAAUAUACAGGGAGAUAGUUGGUGAUGUCCUCAAAGAGGGUUAUCUGUGGAAGAAAGGCCAGCUAAGAAGGAACUGGAAGGAACGCUGGUUCACCUUAAGGCCGAGCAACUUGUCCUACUACACCGGGGAGGACCGCAAAGACUGCCAGGGCAACAUAGUCCUGGAUGGGAACUGUUGUGUGGAGGUGCUACCAGAUCGGGAUGGGAAGCGGUGCAUGUUUUGUCUGAAAACCCUCUCCAAGACUUAUGAGAUGAGCGCCUCAGACACCAAACAGAGACAGGAGUGGACUACAGCCAUUCAAACAGCAAUCAGGCUGCACGUGGAGGGGAAAAAGUCCCUGCACAAAGAUUUGAAGCUGAAGCGGCGUGAACAGCGGGAGCAGCGGGAGAAGAGGCGGCAGUCCAAGGAGGAGGAGCUGCAGAGGCUGCGGGCCCUGCAGGAGGAACGGGAGCGUAAGCUUGCGGAGUUGGAACUCCUGAAGGAGGCGCAAAAGCAGGCCCAGGCGCUUAUGGAGCAGGACGAGCAGAGGAGGCGCCAGCAGCACGAACAGCUCCAGCGGGCCUUGGAGGUCCAGCUGCGGGAGGCUGAGGAGGCUCGGGUCAGUAUGCAGGCAGAGAUGGCUCUGAAAGAGGAGGAAGCAGAGAGGCAGAGGAAGAGGAUCCAGGAGCUGGAGGAGAUGCAGAAGCGCUUGGAGGAGGCGCUGCAGCAGGAGAUCAAAGCCAGGCUGGAUGAGGAGGCCUUCCGCUACGCUCAAGCAGGGUUACUGGCCGAGGAGGAGGAGAAAAUGAAGGCCCUGAUGGCCCUGCAGGAGGAACAGGAGGAGUACAUCCUGAAGACACAGAGGGAGAAGCAGGAGCUGAAACAGGAAAUGGAGGCCAAGUCCCGGGACCUGGAGGAGGCACAGAGGCAGCUGGAGGAGGUCCGCGCCAACCGGCACAGGGUUGACCAGGAUGUAGUGGCCGCCCAGAGGAAACUUCGCCAGGCGAGCACCAACGUCAAACACUGGAACGUCCAGAUGAACAGACUGAUGCGACCGAUCGGACCAGGCGAGAAGAGACCAUCGUUGGGGAGCUCCUUCUCAUCCUUCCAGAUCCCAACACAGAGAGAUCCCGGGCUGCGUCUCAGAAGGCGAUCAGGAUCAGAGGAUCAGGACGAGGAGAGCAAAGAAAAUGUGGACAACAGAGCUGGGUCUGAUUUAGAGAAACGCCACUCCCAUGCCUCUAAUGGAGACAUGGACAUCCCCUAAAACCAUGAAUCAGAGAGGCUGCGUAGGUCGCUUCUAGUCACUCUGAGGUUUUCUGAGAUGGCUGUCUACAAUGUGUGAACAAUUUGAAAACAGUGGGACAUCUGCACUUAAAACUGAAUUUACAGUACUACUAUUUCUUUUAAAUGUUGAAUUUACUGACCUCAUUUCACAGACGGCGGCAGUUUCAAAUAUUUAAUGAGAAGUUUGCAUUUGCAGAACUCACUGCUCAACUAAUGCUUUGACUGCGACCUGUGUGAGGCCUGUUCUGGACAUAAACGAUACCUCAGUGCAAAGAAAAUGAGCUAUAAGCAAGAUCCUGAAAGUACAAAGUACGUUGUGAUGUUUAAAGGCUAAUAAUUACUUACAAUACAAUGAAGCUCAUUUGUUUAGCUCUGUAAUAUAGACACAUAACAAUGUUUCAUUUUUUAAAUAUGUAUUUUUGGGGGAGUGGAGGUUGGCUUUACUUUGAUGAAGACAGUUGGUUCAGGAUUAGAGUUGACUGCAAUUUCAGUCGAAGAGUAUCACUCCUGAUAAACAGGAAAGAGAGAGAGAAAGAGAGAACUUCCUGUUUCUACUGUCAGUUAACAUUAUUGUAAAUAAAGGAGUGAAGUGAUGACUUAACCUGAUUUCUUCCUUUAUCUUUACUGUGUUAAAUUGAAGCGCCACUUUACAGAAUGAACAGCUGAAAUAAAUAAUAUUUAAAGUACA